UAUUUAACACUUGCACAAAGAGCAUUCCAUAGACAAAUUUUGCGAUUGAAAAUUAUUUUAUAAAAAGACAGGAUAUCUUUGGGUGCCUAAAAUGAAUUUUCCGGGUUUGAAGAGCUUAAUGUCUCAGACGGUGCUACAGACAUAUUGCACCUGUCUACGGAUGACCUUUCCAGUGACGAGGUCGUUGAGCAGUCACCCAUCAUCACUAGACAACAAUAGUUCACAGGAGGGAGAGAAAGAACCUCAUCUAUUACAUGCAGUAUGGAGGAUAAGAUCACUUAAACGAAGGCCUUACUGGGAGAGAGAUAUCAUGAAACAACUAAGAUUAGAGGAUACUCGUAAGCCUGUCAUCCACAAGAACACCCCCUUGGUGAAUUCCCUCCUGACCCGCGUCCGCCACCUUAUCCGCAUCAAGCCUGUCAAUCCAGUCUAUGGAAUGCCUGAUGGGGACUAUGAGGAAACUUUGCUCCAGUGGAAUGGAGAUUUCAUUGUGAAAAGAAAAAUUGAACCACAUGGAGAGGAAAAGACUGCUAUAUCAGAUGGAGCUGAUGUGAAAAGGAGCUAGAUUGUUAGUGAUAUCAUGAUAUCAUGGACAUAUAUUGACGAAGACUAGAAUUGGAUGUCUUUGAUAACCAUGAGAUAAUUUGGAACAAGGAUUAUUGAUGAUGUAAUUAUUCCCAUGCAGAAGGUCCUAUUUGUGCUCACCCUUAUGAUUAUAUAUGUCUUACAAUGUUUAAAUGUGUAUUUAAAACAGACAUGAUAAUUGCCCCUGAUAAUAUCCAGUAACAUUGAUUUUUUUCCUUGUUUUCUGACAUUUUUGGGGGAAAAACAGCUUAUUUAUGAAUUUUCAUGUUAGAAGAUAACAUAUAAUUAAACCCUGUUUAGCAAAAACUUCACAGUAUCACAAAGCAUGGGCUUACACAUUAAGUUGAAUUAACUGCAAUUCAUUUUCCAGUCCUAUUUCAUUACAUAUAUUCUGCCAAGAAAGAAAGAGGAUAAAAUGAAAUACUGUCUGUUGUAAUUCAUAUCCUCUCAACAAAGAUAUAUAUGCCCUUUAGGUUCUCAACAAAUGAUAUUACCUCUUGCAAGCUUCUGCAGAUACAUUUAUGUAAAUAUGUAUGUAGGAUUAUUCAAUGAGGUCAGUGCAUCAUUCAAAUACACUAUCUAAGAUUUUGGAACUUUCCUGUUGUGAAAAUGAAA